UCAUUUCACUCAAAGAGAGACAGAGCCCUAGCCCUCUCUUCCGGUCCAAUGCGACACCUCCAGGGCUCCGGUUUGUGGUCAGCGUUGCUGGCAGCUCGUUGCAAGACAGGGGGGCUUCCAGUGCCCCGCUUGUCGCCACUCAGUGCCCUGCGGUUUGGGAGGGAGGCGGCAAUUGCUGUGUAUCAAGCCCACACCCUGCUUAGCGUGCGGAUCAAUGCAGCGAAAUUCGCAGCCGCCCCGCCCCAAUCCGCAGCAGGUUCCUUCUCCGAAUGUUGUGCUGGCAGCUCGAACCGGCUUCCCCGUGUGUGUGUGUGUGUGUUUGUCAGCGCCCUGCCUAUCCCAGUGCCAGGCCGCCUGCUCCGGGGUGAUUAAACAGCAGGGACACUAUUGCACCAGAGUGUGGGCGUGGGGCGUGGGAGAACUCGCUCUGCCCGCCGGAGCUGCUAGAAUAACCGGCGGCGUGUCAGUAUCAGGGUGGGUGUGGGUAUUUUGCACACGCUUGUUUUUGUUUAUCCUUGUCCUCUCGGCCCCGUCACGUGCUCUGUGUGUUGCAUUGUGUUUUCUGUGGGGUGGGAGGGGAGGGGAGGGGAUGGGGGGAGCUGCCUGUGUCCGUGAUCAAUGUUGUGACUUCCUUCUUGCGCUGUAGCAGCAUUGGAAACACAGCUGAAGGAAACCGAUUGCUGCUAGUUUCAAAUUGGCUGGGAAGGAACAAUACACAACCACAGACACACACACACACUGGAUUCUGUGUCGCUUCUCUUUGAGAGGGGGGGAAGAUGAGCUCGGGGGACGUUGUUUGCACUGGCUGGCUCAUCAAAUCACCCCCCGAAAAGAAACUGAAGAGAUAUCUUGAAGCACUGGUGGCCACCUGGAAAAUUACAUGGUUCAACAAGUCCAGCAAUCAGAAAAGCGAGACCACACUACUAUCAAUGAGGCCAGAAGCUCUAAAAGUUGCCAAGUUUAAUAUUCUCCAAGCAUGGCGGAAGCGCUGGUUUGUGCUCCGCAGGGGCCGCAUGAGUGGGAACCCAGACGUUCUGGAGUACUACAGAAACAACCAUUCAAAGAAACCCAUUCGGAUCAUAGACCUUAACGAAUGUGAAGUGCUGAAGCAUUCAGGGUCCAACUUCAUCAAGAAAGAAUUCCAGAAUAAUUUUGUCUUCAUUGUGAAAACCACCUACCGCUCCUUUUACUUGGUGGCGAAAACGGAGGAGGAAAUGCAGAUAUGGGUGCACAACAUCAGCCAGAUCUGCAACUUUGGACACUUGGAAGAUGGCACAGAUUCUGUGGAGAGCCUGUCUCACACCACCUCGUCCCGCCAGCCCUCGCCAGCCAUCUCCACCCAUACCUCAAGGAUCACAGACCCCUCCUCCUCUGUAGGCAGUGCCACCACAGACGCCUCUGCUUCCGAAGAGACCAGGAGUGAGUCGGAGUCAGUCUUCCUCCCCGAUUACCUCUUCCUAUCAAACUGCGAGACGGGCAAGUUCAAUCAUAUCAGAUGUGACAGCUGGUCGAAUUCUGACAGAUCCCUGGAGCAGACCUCAUCAGAUGAUGUUUUCGUUGAUGCCUUGCAGUCUCAACCCUCCCUUCACGUACAGUCAUCCAGCAACAGCAUCGUGCACCAGGAUGGGGGCCAGCCAGCUAAUCAUGGGAUUAUUCCCAGAAGCAUAGACGUUAGCGGGCCAUUCAGUGAUGUCCCCUCCUCCUCUCCACUCUUAGGGCCUCCUUUAACACCAACCUUUCAGAUUGACAAAAGCCAGACUGCGCUGCCCUAUGGUGUAACCGAACUGGAUAUUUUGUCUAACACACCACCACCCCGGCCACCCAAACCAACCUAUUUCUCAGACCGGAGCGGGGAGGAGCUAUCCAACGGGGCUCUUCAGAAUGGACACGGUGGGAUCUGUGGGGCUCAGAUUGCCUUGGUGCCGAGAAGAAUCUCCUUGUCCAGUUUGGAUAAUAUGCGGCACUGGAAAGCCAGCAUGGAAGGAAGCUCUCUCAGAAGUCGAGAUAAGCGGCUUAGUUUGAAUUUGCCAUGUCGAUUCACCCCACUCUACUCUUCAGCAUCAGACAAUACGGAGGACAGCUAUGUACCCAUGCACCCCAGCACCUCUGCACCCAUCCCAGGACCAGAUUGCUCACCUGAUGGCUACACUCCCAUGAGCCCAAGCUCAGCGACCUUUACCUUUCCUGUAGUCACCAAGGACAAACUCUCCAGCCCACUGCCGGAACUUCCCACAGACCUGGAACCACCUCCAGUGAAUCGGGAUCUCAAGCCCCGUAGGAAAUCACGACCCCCUCCGCUGGAUCUGAGAAACCUCUCCACAAUCCGGGAACAUGCUACCUUGACCAGGAUGUGGACUGUGCCUUACAAUCGAACGAGCUUUAUCUCUCCAGAUAGAGACGGUAUUAAUUCAGCAAGAAUAUUUGGCAAUUCAGUUUCCGGAGAAGAGGAAGAAAGUUACAUUCAAAUGGAGCACAGCCAGGCAACAUCUCCAUGCAGUGGUGCUUUCCCAUGGUCAAAGAAGUCCAACCUCGAUUACUUAGCAUUGGAUUUUAAUUCUGCUUCCCCAUCCCCUGUACAGAAGAAACCUUUUCUCUCGGAAGAGCAGAGAGUAGACUAUGUCCAGGUAGAUGAACAGAAGACUCAAGCCCUACAGAACACUAAACAGGAAUGGACAGAUGUGAGGCAAUCUAAAGUUUAAAGAAGGAAGGGUUGGGGUUUGAUUUUUUGCACUGGAACAACAUUGUUAACCAAACAGCUGUAACAGCAGAGUUCAAAGGCAGGCAGAGUGUAAAAUCCUGGUGGUCUCUAGAGGAAUGACAUUUUUAAGGAAAAACCUUCAAGUUCAGCUGGAAAUACUAUGUUGAAGAGUGGUUUAUAAGAUUAUUAAAGUAACACGUUAGUCUUCUUUGCCACCCCUUGCAAGCAAGUUACAUGGUACAGUUUUAUGGCCUGAUCGCGGGAGCCACACAUUUAAUGGUAACAAAUGCCACUACAUGUUGCAUUUAUCUAUUUAACCCUGCCUUCUCCCUGUAUUAGGUAACUCCUUGUUGCUAAGGCUGUUUUUUGAUAUUCUACAAAUACUGCAGGUGCUAAGGCUGCUUAGAGAUUCUGGUAUCAUACAGAUGUUGGUGACUAUUCGACCAAGGGCUAAAAUACUGAAAUAAUAAAAAGCAGAACAUUUUAAUAUAUAUAUAGUGCUUAAGCAAACAGAAUUUUGGAGAAUAUUCCCCUCCCACCCCAGAUAUAAUCUCUGACUUUGAGUGACACUCUUAGAGACUACAAAUAGGUCUUUGCACUGAUGGAACUGGAAUGCGUGGUAGUCAGCACCCUGACUGACGUUCAUCAUAUUGAAUUUCUUCUUUCUGUUGCGGUUCACGUCAUCACCUUUUCCGUCCAAUUGAUCCUGAUGUUUUCUCUCACGUGUGAGGACUUUCUUCAGCACAACACAGCAGCUCCUCUGACAGGAAGCUGCUGACACACAAUUCUUUGCUGGCUGAAAAAUAAAAAAAGGAAGACUCUGCAAGUCUUGGAAAUCCUGGCAAAAUAUCAAAACUGUUUUUGUCCGAACUGCAAAAGAAGAAAUGCAAAUGAAAUUCCUGAUAACAGUGAUUGACCCCACCCGAGUGUUUUGUUAGUCUCAUCCUAGCAAAUGAGAUAAUUAGGAAACACAGUCUUAGUCGGGCACUCAGGUAAGAAUGAGGGAAGGAGUACUGUUAGGCAAGCAACUCUGCCUAUGUAAAACAGUCACUUAAUACACUUCAACAAUGUCAAGACAUGUGUUCAGGAAGCUUAUCUCCUUUGGUGUUUAUUAUGGGGACAAUCUCAGGAUCAGAUUAAGUGUAUGUUUUAUAGUGUAUUUAACUUUGUUAAUUUACUUAAAAUCCUUAUUUCGAGAUGUGCACAGGCAGGUCAAAUCAAGAAAGUGCAGCACCCUUCAGUUAUCCCAUUCAGUCUUGAAGUCUUUACUUAUGCAAGAGAUCCCGCUGGCUUUACCGGGACUACUCUUGUGAGCAAGGACCUCAGAAUCAGGAACUUUAUGAAGGAUUUUCCUUCAUGCUGGAUCCAAAUUCACAUUCCUCUUCCUCAUCUCUACUGAUGUCACACUAUGUUACUGUAAAUUAUUGACAUCCAAAAAUGCUGAAUUACCAAACUGGGAUUAGAAAAAAUGUUGUUUAUGUCAAAGAAAUGACUCUGACAUCCUUUCAAGCUUCUGUCGUAUGUGUCAUGCAUCCCUUAUUCUGUAUUAUUGUCACACAUUUGGGCCCAUAGGAAGGUUGAAAGCGAUGACUACCUGAUUCUCACUGUACCACUAGAAGAGGGCAGCUUAGUUGAUGAAAACAUCAUUUUCUCCUACCUCAAGAUAGCUGAAGUGUUUGCAGUUCUUGCUACUUCAUCAGAGCAAGACACAUUUGUGACUCUGCGAUGAAUGUUUGCUCACUUUUGCUAGUGAGAAUGAUGGGGUUUACCUGUGCAUUUAUUGACUUGGGGGCAAAUCACACAUCCCAGUCUGCAGGCACCAAGUGUCACGGAUUAGAGCUGUUUGGAAAAUAGGGUGUUUCUGCCUUCUGCGGAAAUUGUUGACUUUUUGUCGUUCUCCCCCCCGCCCC